AUGGCGCUGGGACGCAGGAGAGUACCAAUCAGGCAAUACAUCAGUGUGAGUGAUGCGUUAAAGUUGUUGCCUCAGCCUUUUGAUGGUAAUAAAUUCCAGCUGAUCGACCUGCUAGACAAUUGUGAUAGUGCGUUUGAGUUAGUGGCUCCUGAACAGCACAAUGUGUUGCUAAAGUUUAUUAAGGCGCGCAUAGUGGGUGCAGCUAGAAGUAAGUUAUUAGUUAGAGACUUGACAACCACUUGGUCCGAUGUACGUGCUACACUUGUUGAAAAUUACGCUUGUAAACGCACGUUGGAUUACUUUCCGUGUAAACUGUUUGCAAGUCGUCAGGAAAGAGGUGAAAGCAUUGCACAGUGGGGUUCACCUAUUGACGCGUUACAUCAUUUUAGAAAAGCCAUUCAAGGUGUGAUUACAGAAGCUGAACUGGCUGGGAGUAUUGCGCUAGUGUUGAAAUUAGGAAGAGCAGUGUUGAUACAGGGACUCUAUGGCGAUAGAAUCAAAACAAUAGAGAGAGCUAGAGGAGAGUCCGUGACACUUUCUGAAGCCGUUGACAUUGCUGCUACAGAGGAAAGCGAGACAGCAUCGGCUAAAGGGAAGUCGACCCACCAGGACUUCGAGUUGGACGAGCCACCUCAUUACUGGAUUUAG